GAAGAGCUUAAAAAUUAAAAUUAAUUAACAAAAAACAAAAAAAUGGAAAAUUCUUUCGUCAAAAUUUGCACGUUGCUUGUCAUUGUCGCGUUUUUUGCUUGCGUCGAGGCAUCUUUGCACACGAGAAUUAAAUAUCCGCAUGGACCGGAUGUGCCCAAGGGCGAAACUCUCGUUUGCCGGUAUCCAAAAGACUUUGAGACAAUUCGACAUGAAGUUGAUUUGAGCACGCAGCAGCGCGGGGAUUUGCGAUGCGAGUUGAAACAUUACUUGGAAACGCAACGACCAUGCGAUUUUCGAAAAGUGCUGAGAUAUAAGUUGGUUACCAUUACCUUAAAAGGCGAAUAUGCCCAAGAUGACAUCCGAUGCGCAUACAAUCCAAAAACCGAGUCACUUCACAUCGAAGACGCCACAAAACGUGCGGAUCCCGUCAAGGUGAAAUUCAAUAUUUACACAGUGAGACACUGAAAAAACGUGCAAAGAAAGAAUGUGUGCCGCAAGGAAUUUAAUGAUGAUACAAUAGUCCACAAAUAUAAAAUUUAGCGAAAAAUUUUGUUAUUCUUCAAAAAAAAAAAAACACACACACAAACGAUGACUGUGAAUAGUGAAAAAUUUUGCUGCGAUGAGUGAUAUUUUUACAGUGGAAAAUUUUUAUACGAGCAGUGCGAUGACAUUGAUGAUUUAUAGCAACAAAAAAAAAUUAAAAAAUAAUAAUUAGUCAAAAAUCAGUAAAAUUAACCCUUCAUCAAUAAAAUCUGCAGAUGAUGAAAAGUUGUCAUAAAUAUGUCCGCAAGAUGAUUUUUGACGACUUUGUCGCCGUGAUUAUGAAGAGAAAAUGUUAAAAAUAGUAUUAAUUGUUUUUAAAUAGAAUUUAUAGUUUGUAGUACAAAAGAAUAUAAAGUAGGUCGUAAAUAUACAUUUUUUUUUUGUUAAGAAAAAUUUAAAAAAAAUAUUUUUGAUCAGGUCAACGGACAAAAAAAUUAGUGACAAUAUUUUGACAUUGAAAGCGAAACAACGAGAUUAUUCAAAGUAAUUAAAAGAAAACAAAAGAUUUUUUUUUUUUUUUUUUGAAAAAAAUGUAGCACAAGCGGAUUUUGAAGAAGAUUCGAAGGUCAUGUCAAGAUAAUAUUUAAAAAAUGUUUUACCAGAAAAAAAUUAAUA